CGGCGGUAUGUUGCAAUGAGAAGACCUUUUUGUGUGUUGUCAACGUAUAUAACACAUCUCUGCCGCAGUUUCUUUCUUUGGAAUAAUGUCGGCUGAAUACGAUAAUAGAGACAAUGGCCCGGAAGGCAUGGAGCCAGAUGGGAUCAUUGAGAGCAACUGGACUGAGAUCACUGACAGUUUUGAUGAGAUGAACUUGCGCGAGGCUCUGCUAAGGGGAAUUUAUGCCUAUGGUUUUGAGAAGCCCUCUGCUAUCCAGCAGAGAGCUAUUAUGCCUUGUAUCAAGGGCUACGAUGUGAUUGCUCAGGCCCAGUCUGGCACUGGGAAGACUGCCACCUUUGCCAUCUCCAUCCUUCAGCAGAUUGAUGUGGAGAUGAAAGCCACUCAGGCUCUGGUCCUGGCUCCCACCAGGGAGCUGGCUCAGCAGAUCCAGAAGGUGGUGCUGGCCCUGGGUGACUACAUGGGAGCCAAUUGCUACGCCUGCAUCGGAGGGACCAGCAUUCGCAGUGAAGUCCAGAAACUGCAGGCUGAAUCCCCUCACAUUGUGGUGGGAACCCCCGGCCGCGUCUUCGACAUGUUAAAUCGCAAAAACCUCUCUUCUAAGCACAUCAAAAUGUUUGUGCUGGACGAGGCUGACGAGAUGCUUAGUCGAGGGUUCAAGGACCAGAUCUAUGAGAUUUUCCAGAAACUGGCUAGCAGCACACAGGUUGUCCUUCUGUCAGCCACCAUGCCAGCUGACGUGUUGGAGGUAACAAAGAAGUUCAUGCGUGAACCCGUCAGAAUCCUGGUAAAGAAGGAGGAGCUGACCCUCGAGGGUAUUCGUCAGUUCUACAUCAAUGUUGAGAAAGAGGAGUGGAAGCUGGACACGCUGUGUGACCUGUACGAAACCCUGACCAUCACACAAGCGGUCAUCUUCAUCAACACGAGGAGGAAAGUGGACUGGCUGACUGAGAAGAUGCACGCCAGAGACUUCACCGUCUCUGCUCUGCACGGUGACAUGGACCAGAAAGAGAGAGACUUGAUCAUGAGGGAGUUCCGCUCUGGCUCCAGUCGAGUCCUCAUCACCACUGACCUGUUGGCCAGAGGUAUUGAUGUCCAGCAGGUGUCUCUAGUCAUCAACUACGACCUGCCGACCAAUAGGGAAAACUACAUCCACAGGAUUGGUCGGGGUGGUCGUUUCGGCAGAAAGGGAGUAGCCAUCAACAUGGUUACCGAGGAUGACAAGCGAACCCUGAGGGACAUUGAGACAUUCUACAACACCACCGUCGAGGAGAUGCCCAUGAAUGUGGCCGAUCUUAUCUAGAAGCUGUUGUCCACCCCUCCCCCACACACACACACACUUAUUUUACCAGUCAAAUCUUGUUUCUUAUACGAUCUGAAUUCUAAGAUCUUUCUUUUGCUAAAUUCCGCAAUGACUUUACCCUCUACAUUCUAAGGGAAGGAAGAAUGUGGCCAUUAUUCCUUCCUAACCUUUGAAAUAGUUUUUUGGCCGUUUUUUUUUUUUUUUUUUUUUUUUGGAAGGAUGAAUUACUGACCUGUUUCAUCUGCUUGCCAUAGUCCCUUAGCCCAUUAUUGGCACCUAAAUUCAUCCUGCAGCUAAUCCCUCCUCUAACUCUUCCAGCAUUAAUUAGAACAUUUUGUUUUGCAAACGGAGGACUUAACAUCGAACAAGUGAGUUUGUAACUGGAUCCCACACUUGCAAUUCAUAACCAUGUUUUGCAAAAGCGCAUACAUGAAAUAAAAACCCCAGUUGAUGUUUUUGAAAGGAUUCUAGCUCACUGUAAGCAAACGCUUGACAUUAAAUUAAUAGCUUAACAUUACAUUUAAAAACUGGUCUCAAUUGAUAAACAAGCAUGACGCUGACUCAAAGAUCAGCGACGCGUUUGUGGAACGCGUCAGAUUUUUGCACCUGCACGCCGUCGGCAGGUGGCGCACACGCUCUGUGACCGACCCGCGAGUGGUUUAGACUGCAGUUCAGUUUGGACUCAAACACCGCAAUGAUCUAUGGGAAGUGCUGCAUUUGACCAGAUCAGUAUUUAAACAACCUUCAGUGUACUGGAAACAGCCUUUAACUCACAUCCAUGAUCAUGUUAAAGAGGUUUUGGGGUCUAGAGUACACAGGGCAUAUUCAAUAAAAAGACCUAUAUAGUAAAAUCCAUCAUGAAUGAGUUGUUUACCGUUUUGAUCCUUUCCUGCUGUUUUCAUAUAUAUAUAUAUUUUUUAAUUGCUAUUGUACAUACUGCUUGGCUGUACAGUCGUUUGUGCAGUAGCUUCAGUUGAAGACUGACUGGUGGCCAACAGACGUUUGGAGGCAAUAAACGGUGAGUGCUGUGGAGACGUUGCCUCUGGACACUGACGUCCUGGUGGGAAUUUUUUUUUUUUUUUUUUCAUCUCUACAUUGUUCAUUUAGAUUUUUAUUUUUAAACAAAUUGGAUUUUUGAUAAGGUGGCGGUGUCUUUUUGUAACCUACCUCGCCAAAAUGUUUGGAGGGAGGGAGGGGUGGGCCCUUCUGAAAUGGAAAGGACCAAAUUGCAGAUGAAGUAUAUAUAGAUUCCAACCCCCACCCCUCCCCUCCUCUCUUCACUCUUCUAAGUGCUCUCAUUAAAAUGCCUGUCAUCAUGGGGUUUGGUGUGUAGGAGAAACGUCAUGUUUUGCGGUGUAUUAGUCAGUGCCAUUUUUUUAAAAAUGAAUUUACGGAAUUGUUAACAUUUUUUGGAGACAACCCGUAUCAAGUUUUUCUACAUUGGAUUCUGUAUAGUAUUUAUUUUAAUGGUCUUUAAAAAAAAAUAAAGGUUUCUCCUAUAA